UUCAGUUUUGAUCAGUAUUAACGUGUAUAUCUUUUAGUUAGAUAUGAACUCACCUGCAGUUUAUUAUAUUGAACACAAAGCUUUAACACAAAGUUCCACCUUUUACCCUCAGGACCAUUGUAACAGAAAACAGUGUUUUACAUGUGACCUCCUUCAAUCGAAGCUUUGGCUUGAAAAAUGUUUUUAUCAAUAUAUUAUGGAUAAUCUAUGACGUCAUUCUCCACGUCAUGAACAUACUUCUCCCUCUCUCUCUCUCUCUCCCUCUCUUUCUUAUACCCACAGACCACAUUUAAUAACCCAGUAAUUUUCUGGAGCAGUACACAAGGGUUCAUAUUCACAGAAACCUAGGAGGAGGAGUCAUAGACGAAGAGGGAGUGGUCAGAGUGAAGGGGGAGGAGUCAGAGGAGAAGAGGGAGUGGUCAGAGUGAAGGGGGAGGAGUCAGAGGAGAAGAGGGAGUGGUCAGAGUGAAGGAGGAGGAGUCAGAGGAAAGGAAAACCUCCUGCUGCACUAACAGACUCAGAGAGGAGCAGAGGAGGAUCAGGAUCAGUUUUACAGACUGUAUCACAGGGUCAGUGAAGUACUCAGCUCUAACGUGUUAAAUCUACUGUUUAUUAAAUUAUCUAGUUACUUUACCUCCUGAUACUCUGAGUACUUUUACUACAGUCACAGGAUCUCCUCCUCCCCUGUCUCUGUUCUGGUCGUCAGUCGACCUCCAGCAGACAUGGCCGACCAGACGAGUUCCCAGCAGCCUCGGGUCAUGUUCAGGACUCCUGAGGAGGAAGAAGAGGAGCAGAGGCCUCCUCAUCGUCCUCUGGGUAGACUGACCACCAAAUACGACCGCAGAGACCUGCAGAGGAGGCUGGACAUCGAGCAGUGGAUGGAGACUCAGCUGCAGCUGCUGUUUGACUGUCAACAGGAGGACCAGGUCCCUGAGCUGCAGAUCGACGUGGACGAGCUGCAGGAGCUGAGCGACUCGGAGCAGAGAUCCAGACUGAACGUGAGGAAACUGUUGAUUUCCCACGAGUCAAAGCUGCUGAGAGUCGAGUGUCAGAGAGUAACAGCUGAUCUCUGCUUUACAGAGGCUGCUGCAGGACUGUGGCAAACCCACUGAGGACUUCAUCAACAGUCUGUUGUAUCAGAUCAGAGGACUCAACAAACUGAGGAAGUGAGGUCAUCACUGGCAACACUUCAGGGUCCCUGGGACUGGACUGAGGGUCCAGUUUCUGCUGAACCACUGGACUGAUGUGGUUUUACAGAUUCUGUUUUUAAAUAAAGAUUCCACUGAAACAU